AAGGGUCGACACAAAUAAUAUUCUUUCCUCUCUCGACACCGCCGUUCGAUUAGAUCGACCUGCUGCUAACGGAAACCUAGAGUGGAUUGCUCGGGGAUGUCGAACGGCACGGAUCAGGCGCAACCACCGGCGGAAAAGACGGGUCUUCUGGUGGAAUCAAGGCCGAAGAAGCGUGCAUCUCCGGGGGAUAACUGGGCGCCGCCUCCUGGUUGGACAACCGAAGAAAAGGUUCGAACCUCCGGUACCAAAGCUGGUUUGGUGGAUAAGUUCUACUACGAACCUGUUACAAAUCGUAAGUUCCGGUCAAGGACCGAGGUGAUGUACUACUUGGAACACGGAACUCCUAAAAAGAAAAACAAGAAUGCGGUUAGCAACAGUAACAGUAAUACCAAAUCACAACGUUCUGAAGACCGAGGAAGCUAUAAGCGGCUGGCCCAACCCAACAAAAAGGCUAACGAGCAGCCACCACCCCCACCCCCAAAGCCGUUGGACUUUGAUUUUCUGAAUGUCCCGGAGAAGGUCAUUUGGUCAGGGACAAACGGCGUAGAAGAGGCUUGGUGUCCUUUCAUUGGGGACUACAAGAUUCAAGAAUCUGUUAGCCAAGAUUGGGACAGAGCCUUCACUCUUGUCACCACAAAUGGAAAUAUGUCGGUUUAGAAGAUAGGUGCAAGCAAACUCAUCAUCAAAUGUAAUAACUCGCCCUAGAGAUUUAUAUCUACUUAGUGUUUAUUGAUCUUGGCUUGGAUUUUCUAUUCAUUUGUCCAAAGCGUGCAAUGCAGGAUAAUUUAAUACUCAGGUGAUUGUUUAGUAACUCUUUAAUUUCGGUUGUAAUUUAUGUAUUUUCUUGAGACAAUAAAUAUGUUAGAUGUA